AUGAGGUCGCUCACGGGCAUGCUGGGCCCCUCGGUUUGCGCCUCGACGACCAUCGCCCAGCCCAGCGAUCUCACACUUGCGUACGUCAGGUCAAAGCUCGGCCUAGGAGACGGCUCUGGGCUGUUGCAGUCUCCGGCAGUGGUCGCCUCGCCGAGAUUCAGCGACUACGGCACAUCUCGCCGCGAGGAUCAGCUGCGCGCGCUCCUCGCCGAUCCGACGCUCGCUGCACCAAAGAGGGCAGUCUCUGAGAUUGGGACGGGUGCCUCGGCAUCCAGCGGAGCCCGGCCGGACUGGUCGUCGCUCAAGCAGGAGCCGAGGCCAAACUCUGCGAGGGAGCUCAGGAUCCUUGCCUGGCGCACCGCCUCGGGCCUGGCAGCACCCAUCAGUCUCGACGAGGACGACGCUGCAGGCUCGCGCCCGACCUCUGGACGCCCUUCGAUCGGAACAGACAGCGAAGGCUCGUCGACCAUCCGCCCUUCGGAGAGUGGCAGCGUGCUGGGCUUCCGGGCUGGCGGGCAGCGCAUCGAGUCGCCCGUGGCCUUCCGCCUGUCGGAAUCGGACGAGUCGCGGCGACUGGCCCAGGAGCGCAACCGUUCCAUUGAGUUUCGGAGGGAGGAGCUGGCUAGACAAGAGGCGCUCCAUAGGGACAGGCUCAACGCCGAGAGGGCGCGGGUUCGCGCCGACGAGGCCAUCCGCGACGAGGUGAUGCGCAAGCUGAGGGCGGAACAGGCCGCCUCGGGGCCUUCAAGCCCACGGCCGCGCUCCAAGCCCCCGGCUGUCCCGCCGCCAGCGUUUGCCCCACCGCCGCCGCCCACCUCGCCGGCACCUCGCAAGGCCCUGCCACAGAGACCACCAGAUUCGAGGGUGCUCAAGUCGCCCACCAUCCUCGUCGAGAAGCCGAUGCCAGACGUGCCCUACUCUCCCGAGUCCAACAACGACUCGGACUGCCGAUCCGCCCAGGGCAGGGAGCGCCAGCUCUCGCACGAGCACGACAGCGUCAUCAGCUACCGCACCGCCGAUCUCUGGAGGGUGGCCAACGAGAAUCACCCCGUCGGUCCGCUGCCAGACACACCCAUCAGCGUCCGGACCAGUCGGAAGAACUCUGCUCCGCGCUCGCCCAUCCUCUCCGACCGCAGCAACGUGAUGCAAACCGCGGCGGACCUCUCGCCUAAGAUGGUGGGCUUCCGCAAGCUUGCACGUUCUCUCGAGACUGAGGGCCUCGAGGGGCGGACGUGGAUCGCCAAACACUCGCGGGAGGCCACCGAGCUGACCCGGUCAGCUUCGCACUACAGCAGCGAUGCGCCAUCGCUCUUUGACAAGGAGCUCCCACCGCCGCCACCCGAGUCCGAAGCGACAACGGACCUGUCCUCGCCUGUCGACGACGUGGGCGGCUUCGCUGGCGGCAGCAGCGAGAUGGAUAAUCUCAAGGCCAAGGCGCUCGAGGCUCGCCAGCGGGCCCUGACGGCGGAACGAGCGGCGCUGAUCGAGAUCGAGAAGGCCAGGCAGCAGCAGAGCAGGCUUGAGUGGGAACUGCAGGAGGCGCAAAAGAGGAACCAGGACCUCGCGGAGCAGGAAGGUCUGCGGAGGGCCAAGUGGGCCCGGGAGCAGGCAGAGAGGGACCGGCUCGAUGCAUUUGAGCGGAGCCAGCUCGAGGCGGCCGAGCGCCGGCGCAGGCAGAAGGAGGAGCUGGCACGCCAGGUGGCGCUCCGCCAGGCCGACGAGGCGAGGAGGGAGAAGCAGAGGCUGGACAAGGAGCAGGAAGAGGCGCGCAUCGAGGCCGAGCGGCGGCGUGCUCAGGCCGCCGAACGCGAGGCGAGGAUCGCCGCCGAGAUGGAGGCGCAGGCCAAGCGCAAGACGGAGCUGGCCGCGAAGCAGCGCAGGCAGCUCGCCGAGCGCGAGAUGCUCACCCUCAAGCUCGAGACGCUGGCGAGAUACGACAAGGUACUGCUCGAGGGCGUCGUUGCCGUCCAGAACGAAAAGUCCUUGGUCUGGAGGCGCAGGUACUUUAUCCUCCAAUGUGGCGGCCUAGACCUUUACAAGAGCAAAGAGGACGCCUCGCUUUCCGAGCCCAUUACGACGAUCCCGCUGCGGGGACGCCUCAAAGCGGUCUCAGAUGCGUUUGAAGAGUGCCAGAUGCAGCACAGCCUCAAGGUCGAGAUCGCGGCAGAGGUGGCCGCGGUCGACGAGGGCGAGGGCUGCGCAACCGCCCCCGCGGAUGCAGGCCGUGCCGCCGAAGACGGCGAGACGUGGUUCCUCAGCUUUGAGACGGACGAGCAGAAGCUGUCGCUCCACUCGGGCAUCCAUGUCGUCGCGCGCAGCCGGCCACGCAGGUCCACGGGCGCCAGCUGA